CGCUGCUCGGUGCGCUCACUGGCACGCCUCCCUCUCAUCUUCCUCCUCUUCCUUUUAAUCUUCUUAAUUGCGCGUCGGCACUCCGGCAGCAGCAGCACAGCGGGAGUCACGAGCAGGGCUGCUUGUAGACACUGACGAUGAUGAUGAUGGUGAUGCUCACAGACUGAACUUUGAAGAUGCUCGUGGAGGACUCUGCGCGUCUUCUCCGCUCUCUGUGGAAUACGUGGAACCUGCUGCGGGGCCGAUGCUGAUUACCGUGAUGCUUUUCGGGUGAAGCUCCAAAAAAACAAACAAACAAACAAACAAACAAAAAAACUGCCCCAAACAAACGGAUUAUCGAGAACUGAGCUCCGCACUGCUGACAGGCUGCUGGUAGCGAUGUGAUAGAAAGGUCUCCUGCGCACACACCUCCCAGUGAUCAGAGCCGUGCGGGCUGCCGUUACGCGCGGAGGCUGCUCUGCGCUUAAGGAGCGCGUUUCAGUCUUCCUGUUUGAACUUUAUGAUCUGAACUGUGACAAAAAAAAGAGGGAGAAAAGUUUUUUCUGCUCCUCCUCAGACAGAAAAUGAGUAGCUGUCUUCUCAGACUGGCACUCCUCGUGGCUUGCGUCCUCUCCAUCCGCUGCACCGCUGCGCCCGGGACCGAGGCGGAGGCGCGCACGGCGUCCCGGGACACCUGCGCGUCCUGCGGCGGCGGCGCUCUGCCGGAGGAGCCGGAGUCCGGGCGGCUCGACGGGGACUUCUUAGAGGCGGUGAAGAGGCACAUCUUAAGCAGGCUGCAGAUGCGGGAGAGGCCCAACAUCACGCACCCGGUCCCCAAGGCGGCCAUGGUGACAGCCCUGCGGAAGCUGCACGCCGGGAAGCUGCGAGAGGACGGGAGGGUGGAGAUCCCCAACCUGGACGGGCAUCCGAUGAGCAACGAGGUGCUGGAGGAGAGCUCGGAGAUCAUCAGCUUCGCGGAGAAAGAUGAUAUGGUGACAUCCCAGUCCAGCCUGUUUUUCCUGAUCUCCAGCGAGGGGAACCAGAACCUGUAUGUGACGCAAGCCACCCUAUGGCUCUACUUUAAGGUGCUGCCGGCACCUUUGGAGGUGCGUGCCAGGCGUAAGGUUACGGUGAAGGUGUACUACCAGGAGCCCGGCCUUGGCAGCAAAUGGAACCUGGUGGAAAAACGAGUGGAGCUAAAACGCAGUGGCUGGCACACCUUUAUGCUGACUGAUGCUGUCCGGUUGGUGUUCGAGAAAGGUGACAGGCGACAGAACCUGGAUAUCCGCUGUGAGGGCUGCGAGGCAGAGGGUGUCUUGCCCAUUUUGCUCAAUGUCCAUGAUGAGUCCCACCGGCCUUUCCUGGUGGUACAGGCGAGGCAGGCUGACAGCAAACACCGGAUCCGGAAGCGAGGACUGGAGUGUGAUGGCAGCAGCAACCUGUGCUGCCGGCAGCAGUUCUACAUAGACUUCCGACUCAUUGGUUGGAGCGACUGGAUCAUUGCACCAUCAGGCUACUACGGGAACUACUGUGAGGGGAAUUGUCCGGCUUACAUGGCCGGUGUCCCCGGUUCAGCUUCAUCCUUUCACACAGCAGUGGUGAACCAGUACCGCUUGCGGGGGAUGAGUCCGGGCUCCAUGAAUUCCUGCUGCAUCCCCACAAAGCUCAGUACCAUGUCCAUGCUCUACUUUGACGACGAAUACAACAUCGUCAAGCGUGACGUUCCAAACAUGAUCGUGGACGAGUGUGGCUGUGCUUGAGUAUGUUUUUCCUGUUUACUUAAAGUGGAACUGAAGAACUAAACAGAUUCACAAUAUUACAAAAAAAUUAAAUAUUAAAAUAUUUAUGGACGACGGAGAAAACAUGUGCACGCACAACCUCAUCCACACAUAUCUACACACCCUCAUAUAUGCCUGCACAAAAACUUGUAUAUAUAUUUAUGUUUGUUGAUAUAUUCAUAAUAUGAGUUUGAAGACUUAGUCUCCUGCAGACAGAAAUGAAGAGUUCUCUUCCAAAUCUUUAAAAAUCCACUUGGAAAACAAUCAAUAUCUGAAGUUCUUCAUUAAUUAUCUCUAAGAUAAUGAGGAUCUGGUUUGUUAAAUUGUGUAAGACUUACUUAACCUACUA